AUGACAAUAACGAUGAAGAAAGAUGCCCUCUAUCGAGUAUACCUCAUUGUUAGAGUUUUCAAGAGAAAUGGACCUUGUUUAGAGUUUGGAUGUACAGCUUACCCUGAGGAGAUUGCAAUCAAAAGCUUGUCUGUUAAGGACCCCGAGAGCUCUGAAGAUCGAAUAGCAUAUAAAGGACCUAAUUUCAUGGAAUUGGAUGAAAAUUUGCAGAAGCCUUUUCACAAGGUCUCCAAAGGAUGCUCCUAUAGUUACUCCUUUAAUGGACUUUGUUCGUCGGAAAAGAGCUGUAAAGAGUGGAACUCGGCUCAGAAAGAGGAGCCAUUAAAGUUUCGUGUGAGCGAAGCAAGCGAAGUUAGUGAAACAGAAAAGGGAAAAAUUGGUGUUCUUGCAAAAAUGGUUCCUCAAAUUCCCACAUUACAGGAAUAG